AACCUAGGAAACAUAAAAGAAUAUGAAUGUAUUGCAUUAGGCGUACAAUAACGAAGUUAAUUGAUAUAAAUUUAUUCAAGCACGUCAUUAUUUAGACAGUGAUUUUAUAUCCCUAGGUGGACGUAGCAGCACAUAAAAAAAUGUCAGAUGCUUGGGAAGAAAUUCAAGCUAUUAAAAGCAAACGAAACAGUUUGAGAGAAAAACUUCAAAAGCGCAAAAAAGAAAGGCAGGACAUAUUGAACCUUUCUGCAGCUGGUCCAGCAGAUAACAGUGCUUCACCUCUGAACAAGAUAUUGCAGCCUGAAGCUGACGGGAGCAGUGCAUCUUCACCAGUCACGAUAAAAGUACUCGAUGAACAAGAGGACUCCAACUCCUUGCCCCCUGGUGGUGACCUGGUAAAGUCAGAUCCCAGCGUAGAGGCGCAGCUGUUAGCAGUGCUGUGUGAAGUGUCGCUCACUCUACCUAUGACAUCCACGGGAUUGUGCUCUGCUGUAGCCAAGCGACUGGACAACAAACCUGUGUCUCACGAUGUGCUCACCAACCUACUGCUCAAGUUUGCCACCCAACAGCUCAUCACUGUAAAGGAGGGGUCUAAAGACGGCAAGACAGUUUUGGAAGUGGUGACGGCUGAACAUGCUAAGCUCAUGGACAUGGCCAAUGAGAUAACGUUAGACCAGAGCAAGUCCAGCCAUCACGAGCCAGACAUCAAGUAUAAGAGCAAGAAACGCAAAGAGGUGGAUCCUGGGAAUGGAGAGAUACCAGCGAAAACUGCCAAGCAAGCGGUGGAGAAGGAUGAGAAAAAAACACGAGAGAAGAAAACAACGGAUAUAAUGUCUCUUCUUUCGAUGCCUUCAAUCAAAGAAAAGGAAAACAAAAAGCUUGGCGAAGAGAUACUGGCUCUGUUGAGUCAGCCUACAGCCAAAGAAAGGUCGCUCGCAGAAAGAUUCAGAUCUCAAGGUGGGGCACAGGUGAUGGAGUUCUGUCCACACGGUACAAGAGCGGAAUGCGCCAAGAUGGGACAGGAGACGUGCAAGAAGUUACAUUUCAAAAAGAUCAUCCAAAAACACACUGACGAAACACUAGGGGACUGCUCUUUCCUGAACACCUGUUUUCAUAUGGACACUUGCAAAUAUGUACACUACAGAGUGGAUGGUCCAACAAUACCUUUACCAAAGGACUUUGUUAGCAGUGCUGGGGAGGAAAACAAAGUACCAAUGAAAAAAUUGACCCAAGAAGCAUCCAUUUUGUAUCCUCCUCAAUGGGUGCAGAGUGAUCUUCGAUAUCUGGAUAUGACUGUAUUAGGCAAGUUUGCUGUGAUCAUGGCAGACCCUCCCUGGGAUAUACACAUGGAACUCCCCUACGGGACUAUGUCUGAUGAUGAAAUGAGACAGUUGAACAUUCCUUGUCUUCAAGACGACGGACUCAUCUUUCUGUGGGUGACAGGCAGGGCUAUGGAACUUGGGAGAGAGUGCUUGAAACUCUGGGGCUAUGAGAGAGUUGAUGAGAUCAUCUGGGUGAAGACCAAUCAACUGCAGAGAAUCAUCCGAACCGGAAGAACUGGACAUUGGCUCAACCACGGGAAGGAGCACUGCUUGGUUGGCAUGAAAGGCAAUCCGGCAGACCUCAACCGAGGUCUAGACUGUGAUGUGAUAGUCGCUGAGGUGAGAGCCACGAGUCACAAGCCAGACGAGAUCUACGGCAUCAUAGAGAGGUUGUCUCCUGGCACGAGGAAGAUAGAGCUGUUUGGCCGACCUCACAACGUUCAGCCCAACUGGAUCACGUUGGGUAACCAAGUAGAAGGAGUUCGCUUAGUGGAUCCUGAACUAAUAGAAGCCUUCAGGAAACGCUAUCCUGACGGAAACUGCAUGACUCCGCCUAAAACGUAACUUUUGCUAGUUCAAUUUUUAUUUGGCUGUGAUUAAUCUGUACUCAAUGAGUACAUGACUGUUUGCUGUAGAGUAAGUGAUAACGAGCUAUAACGUAGAGUAGGUUAGCUUUAGCGAUUUCAGUAUAGCAAAACUGCUAUCAAGAUUAUAGUGAAACAAAAAGUUUUGAACAGCUUUCAAAGCUGCAAAGAUGUUAUAGUUUAAUGAAGAACAACCAGGUUUCCAAAAACAUUCAGAAUUUAUUUUUUAUAUUUUUUUAGUAAGGAAUAGUGAUUUUAAAAUAUAAAAAAAUAGUUAACGUCUAAUUUAUUUACUUCCUUUAAAAGUAAACA